UUGGGUUGGGAGCGGCAGAGAUGCAUUAGGGGUCCCGAUCCCGGGUCCCCCGGUUAGAGGAAGAGGAGGGCGGCUAGAGGAGGGGAAUAGCUUUCCUUACUCCAGCCGAAAGAUGCAGGUGUCCUUGGCAGCACCUGAUGGGCGGGGACAACCAAACGGGGUUCCGGAUCCGGGUUGCGAGGGAGAGAAAAUGACGGCUGGUUCAGUGUGUGUCCCUCAGAUCAUACCACUACGAGUGCCUCAGCCUGGAAAAGCUAACCAUGAAAUUGAUAACAAUACACUUUUGGAAAUGAAAUCAGACACUCCAGAUGUCAACAUAUAUUAUACUCUGGAUGGCAGCAAACCUGAAUUUCUAAAGAGAACUGGCUAUGGGGAAAAUAACACAUUGAAGUAUACAAAACCUAUUACUCUGCCUGAUGGAAAAAUACAAAUUAAAGCUAUUGCUGUCUCUAAAGACUGCAGACAGAGUGGCAUUGUGACAAAGGUGUUUCAGGUAGGCUACGAACCACCGAAUGUAGUCUCUCCUGAAGAUGAUAUUGAAAAUGUUCUCAAAGAUUCUUCAAGGCAGGAAUUCAAAAAUGGAUUUAUUGGAUCAAAACUAAAGAAGAAAUAUCAGAACUCUGAAAAUCAACGCAGCUGGAAUGUUAACCUCAGAAAGUUUCCAGACCUCCAGGUAGGUGAAAGAACUGACCCUAAAACUUUGAAAGAUCUUCGCUUUUCAGAAAGUCCACUGGAAAUCCCAGCUCACAGUGGAGGAUCAGGUUCUAGACCACCCACCCGCCAGUCCCAGUCUCCCGGUUUUGCACACAUAAGUGGCCAGAAGUGUUUGACAAGCACGGAGAUAAUGAGAAUUCAAAGGGAGACAGACUUUCUCAAGUGUGCCCACUGCCUUGCCCCCCGCCCAUCAGAUCCCUUUGCUCGCUUCUGUCAAGAAUGUGGCUCUCCUGUCCCACCCAUAUUUGGCUGUCGUCUCCCACCCCCGGAAGGAGCUCAGAUGGGCUUAUGUACAGAAUGCAGAAGCUUGGUGCCCAUGAACACUCCCAUCUGUGUGGUGUGUGAGGCCCCUCUUGCUCUACAGCUGCAGCCACAGGCAAGCCUCCACUUGAAGGAGAAGGUAAUUUGCCAGGCCUGUGGUACAGGAAAUCCUGCUCACCUGAGAUACUGUGUCACCUGUGAGGGGGCCCUGCCUUCAUCACAAGAGUCGAUAUGCAGUGGGGAUAAAGCCCCUCCUCCACCCACUCAGAGAGGGGGGACCAUCUCCUGCUCCAGAUGUGGUCGUUGGAAUCUCUGGGAGGCGUCCUUCUGCGGCUGGUGUGGAGCCAUGCUUGGCAUUCCUGCUGGCUGCUCUGUUUGCCCUAAAUGUGGGGCCAGCAAUCACCUGUCUGCCCGAUUCUGUGGCUCCUGUGGUAUUUGUGUGAAGUCCUUGGUGAAACUUAGCUUGGAUAGAAGCCUGGCUCUGGCUGCUCAGGAACCUGGCUCUUUUUCUGAGCCCCAAUGUGCCUGGCAGUCCCUGAAUAUUCCUUUGCCCAGAUCUGAUGCUGGGACUAAGAGGGACAUAGGCACACAGACUGUUGGCCUGUUCUACCCAUCCGGCAAGCUGCUAGCAAAAAAGGAACUGGAAAUAGCCUCUCAAAAGCAGAGGCAGGAGAAAAUGAGUGACCAUAAACCACUCCUCACAGCCAUCAGCCCAGGAAGAGGGUACUGGAGAAGACAGCUGGAUCACAUCUCUGCUCACCUCAGGUGUUAUGCUCAGAACAACCCUGAAUUCCGGGCCUUGAUUGCAGAACCCAGGAUGGGAAAGCUUAUCUCUGCUACUGUCCAUGAAGAUGGUUGUGAAGUUAGCAUCAGACUGAAUUACAGUCAAGUCUCAAACAAGAACCUCUACCCGAACAAGGCGGUGAAUUUCAGCGACCACCUUCUGAGCAGUGCUGCCGAGGGUGAUGGGGGGCUGUGCGGCAGCAGGUCCAGCUGGGUGAGUGACUACAGCCAGAGUACCUCAGAUACUAUUGAAAAAAUCAAAAGGAUAAGGAAUUUCAAGACCAAAACUUUUCAAGAAAAGAAGGAGCAGCUUUUACCUGAAAACAGACUCCUGCUGAAGGAAGUCGGACCCACGGGGGAAGGAAGAGUCUCUGUGAUUGAACAGCUGCUGGAUGAGGGAGCAGACCCCAACUGCUGUGAUGAAGACAAUCGACCCGUCAUAACUGUGGCUGUUAUGAAUAAGCACCAUGAAGCGAUUCCAGUUCUUGUGCAGAGAGGAGCAGACAUCGACCAGCAGUGGGGGCCGCUCAGAAAUACAGCUCUUCACGAAGCUACUCUGCUUGGCCUUGCAGGAAAAGAGAGCAUCGCCACUUUACUGGGAUGCAAUGCAAGCAUCCGAAAGAAGAAUGCAGGAGGCCAGACAGCACUACGACCUGGCUCUGAACACUGGAGAUGACCUCAUCACCUCACUCUUUGCUGCCAAGUUUGGCCAAGGGCUCAAGGACCAACUCGCCCAAACUAGGAGCCUCAGCCUGGAUGACUGUUAGACCUGAGGCCUCCCCGGGACUUCAUUUAAGAAUAUGUGCAGUGGCUGGCAUGGUGGCUCAUGCCUGUAAUCCCAGCACUUUGGGAAGCUGAGGCUGGCAGAUCACCUGAGGUCAGGAGUUCAAGAGUAGCCUGACCAACAUGGAGAAACCCCAUCUCUACUAAAAGUACAAAAUUAGUCAGGUGUGGUGGCAGUGUGCCUGUAAUGCCAGUUACUUGGGAGGCUGAGGCAGGAGAAUCACUUGAACCCGGCAGGUGGAGGUUGUGGUGAGCCAAGAUUGUGCCCUUGCACUCCAGCCUGGGCAACAAGAGCACAACUCCAUCUCAAAAAAAAAAAAAGAAUAUGUGCAGCUCUGGCUAUUCUUUAAUCAUGUCUUUUUAAAAUGUGUAUUUGAGAUUAGAAAUUAAGGUUGAGAGGAACUCAGGAGAUUUUUUUUUAAAAAUCAUAUGACAGUAUAAGCCAUCAGUACUAAGUGGACAGCUCCCAGUAUACUGUGGGCUGUGAUAAACUGAAUGUAUGUUUUUUAAUGGUUUAUUGCUGCAGUUUUUUUGUGUAUUUGAUUUUUAGUUUUUGACUUAUUUUUCAAUAGGUAAUAAUUGCACAUGGUUCAAAGCUAAAAGGUAUGAAGUAUUAUGUAGGGAUGUGUCCCUCCCAUCCUGUCCCACAGCCACCACCUCCCUCCUCAGCCACCAAUGACACCAGCGUCGACUUGUCUUUCCAGGGGUUGUGCAAAGUUAGAUAUGCACAUACAUAUGGUAUAAGCACAUGUACAUAAAAGUACACAUAGAAUAUAAACAUGUCUGUAGCACAUAUAUAUUCUUUCCCCUCUUCUAAAACAAAUGGGAGCAAACUAGCCACACACUGUUCUGCAUCUUGUUCUUUUUGCCCGAUACGUCUUGUAGGUGGCUUCUAAUUAGUAUGUAAAGAUUGACCUUAUUUAAAUUUUUUUAUGUUGAAAUCAUCAAUAUUCCGUCAUUAUGGUUUGUUCUUUGACUGACAAAUCAGCUCUCAAUAAACCACUUUGCAGGAAUGUGUAA